AAAGUCGAAAUGCUUGGAAGUGGCCUCUCCGUACUUGUUUGACAAUAUUCACAUAAGCAACUGAUGAGAAGGAAGCUAUCAAUAACAUAAUAAGAUGCCGGUUGUGUAUCUUGAACGGCUUCCAUUGCCUAGUCUUCAGACAUACUCGGCAAUUUCUGCGGUUCUGUUGUCUUGUUCGGUGUUGUACGCAUAUCAAGUUGUUAUCAGUGUUGAAGAAAUUUCCAAAGGUGUAACUACAACCAUCAGUGAUCAUGAUGUGUCUACCCCAGAUAUCGUCCACGAAACGAAGUCAAGCACAGAGGACGGAGGAGAGGCUUCGAGUAUCGAGCCUGUUGAGGAUUUAAUGAACUUUACGUUGCCAUAUGAUACUCUCGGCUUGAACAUUUUCCAUGUUCUCACCACAGAAGGGUGGUGCAUUUGGACACUGGUUAACACAGCAUAUUGCUGUCUGAUUUUGCUGGGGAAAGUGAUACAGAAACAAGUAUUUGGUGACUUGAGGGUCAGUGAACGACAGCAUUUGAAGGAUCGAAUAUGGAAUUUCCUGUUCUACAAAUUCAUCUUCAUUUUCGGGGUGAUGAAUGUGCAGACGAUGGAUGAAGUGGUCAACUGGGUGGCUUGGUUUACCAUCCUUGGCUUCUUUCACCUUCUGAUCCAGCUGUCCAAGGACCGCUUUGAAUAUGUGUCAUUCUCUCCAGCAACACCAAGAUGGUUCCACUUGAAGUUGAUUUCCCUCCUUAGUGUGGUAUUCCUCUGCAGUGCCACCCUAAUUGUGAUAUGUAUCUAUGUAGGCAUGUAUGCUGGACUCACAAUCUUAGCCUUUAUGGCAGCAGAGUGUCUGAUCCUAAGCUUUCGGACCCUCUACGUUAUUCUCCGGUACGUGAUACAUCUGGUGGACAUGAAUGUUGAGGGAGUGUGGGAGAAGAGAACAGUCUAUAUCUACUAUGCAGAACUUGUAUUUGAACUGUCUGUCCUCUCCGUGGAUUUCGCACAUCACCUACAUAUGCUACUAUGGGGUAACUUUUUCCUCAGCAUGGCCAGUCUUGUGAUCUGUAUGCAGCUUCGUUACCUGUUCUAUGAAUUCCAGAGGAGGGUUAGAAGACACAAAAAUUACAGAAAAGUUGUGAAAAAUAUGGAGGCUAGAUUCUCAAUGGCAACUAGUGAUGACUUAAAAGAAAACAAUGACAACUGUGCCAUUUGCUGGGAACCAAUGGAAACAGCUCGCAAACUGCCAUGUGACCAUCUAUUUCACAACGGUUGUCUUCUUUCAUGGCUAGAACAAGACACUUCCUGUCCCACCUGUAGAACGACCCUCAAUGAUACUCCACAAGAACAGCCGCAGGAACAUGUUCCUGAUGAGCGUGGUGAUGCCCCCAUCAACAUCCCCCCUCCUGGACAACCCAACAAUCGUGCCUUAACCAACCAUUUUUUCCACUUUGAUGGGUCAAGAUACGUUAGCUGGUUCCCAAGUUUUUCGGUGGAGGUGACCCACACACAGCUCCUGCCCCAAGGUCAGCAGCCUCCCCCAGUGCAGACUUCUCAGCUGGACAGUAUGGCAAGACAAGUGGAGACAGUGUUCCCUCAUAUUCCUAUGAAUGUCAUCAUGGAUGACCUGAGACAGACACGGUCUGUUGACUUUACAAUAGAGAAUAUCCUGGAAGGACGAGUGCAGGCUCCCCUGCCUGGUACUUUGGUGACAAGAGCAGCACUUGGAGAUGCUGAGAAUCCUACAACAGACGACCCUUCUGCUUCUCAGUUAGUUCUUCCUACAACCAUGUCCAGGACCAGUGUUAUGGCAAUAGAGUCUGCAAUGGCUGCUCGUCAACAGGACGACCAGUACAGUACUCAGGAUCCACAAAGCAGUUACGACUCUCCAGACCCACAAAGCAGUUACGACUCUCCAGACCCACAAAGCAGUUACGACUCUCCAGACCCACAAAGUAGUUACAGAACACCCGAUCCUCCCUGUGACCCAAGUCGGACUCGAUACAGCAGGGAUGAGGUGCCUGCCCCAACAGGCAGUAGAUUCUCCAAGUCUGCCAAUGAGCGAGAGGUUAUGUUGCAAGAUCGGAAGAAUUCAAUGUUGGAACAAGCAAGAAGGAGAUAUUUGGAGAAAUGCAACCCAAGGCAACAUGAAGAUCACCAGUCCACUUCAGAUUCUGACGAAAGCCAGGAGUAUUCUCUAUUAAAAAACAGUCACUCUGGCCACACGGAUAACAGAGCAAGGCAGAGAGAACUAGCUUUUCUGGCUGCACAAAGACGCAUGGGCUUGAAUGAUGAUGCCAACUAGAUUUACCUUUUAUUAUCAGAUCUUGACAACAACAGGUACUAAAGGCCAUCUUUUGUAUGAUGCUAUGAUUCAGGAAUGAGUUACGGGACACUUUUUUAAUGUGAUUUUUCUAUUAGACAAGGUACCUCUUCUACCGUCAACCACCGUGUUUCUGGUUCUGGAGUAGCAGAAAUAAAUUAUUAGACAUUAUUAUUGCAACUUGCAUCAGGCUGUAUAUUUGAAAUAAUAGCAAACUAGGAAAGUAGCUUACGCAUAUUAAUUCUGCCUAGAUGUGUAAUCAAAUAAUUACAUUCUGUAAGGAAGUUUUAUGAUAUCACAUUGUUCAUUAAAAAUGGAACAUUUGUUUCUAUCAAUAACUAAUUAUGAAGAAGAUCAUUAUAAUAAUUACUGGAAUUUGAAUGCAACAUUUCAAACUGUUUUCAAUACAAUACACAUCCUAAUUAUAAUGCUUUGAAAAAGUCAUAUGCUACUCUUUUGUUAUCUAUGGUUUACAAAUUAUUGCGAAAAAAAAAAAAAAUUAAAAGGAAACACCAGUUCAGGUAAAUCUUUUAUUAAACAGGUCAACAGAACUGAGAAUUAAAAGAAAGAUUUUAGCUGGGGCUUUUUGGUGCUGUGUUAAUGUUGUACAUAUGAUAGAAAUUUGAGAUUUUUGGGGAUACAUGUAUUAACUUAUGUUAACAAUUUGCAGCUCUUAUCCUGGUACCUUUCCCUGGUGACGAAUACCUGCCUGGUGUAUUCUUAGUAGAGAAUAGCUGCUUUUAGUUAUAGGAAGAUGAUUGUUAAAAACAUGGUUUUAUCCAUUGGUAGUCAAUUGUGAUAUGUACAUAAAAUUCAAUAUUUCUAAUUAUACAGGAAAAUGUGUAUAUUUAUAAUCAUUAUGAUAUGCAGUAAUUUUCGUUUUUACUCCAAUUUUCUGGAGAUAUGUUUCGUAUAUGAAAAGAUUGUGAGGUUUGAAAAAUGAGUAAUCAUUGUACGUACAUGAUGUUAAAUUGUUGCGAUGUUCUGAAUUUCUAUUUAAAAGUCAGUAAUAUUGUUCUUAUAUUUUUUUGCUAUAGAAGUUAGUAGAACUUUACAAAGAUCAUGACUUCUGAAACUCAUCUUAAUAUGUUUCCCUUAUUUUGAUUCUGUUUGGAAACUAGAGCUCAUCAGUUUUGUUUGUAUUGCUAUUAAACAUUGCAUUUUCAUGAAAUUAGAAACUAUUUCUUUAUAUUGCAUUUCCAUCUACCCAAGUAAGACUCAUCAUUUUUUAUUAUAUAAACAAGUUUGUGGUUAAUAUUAAUUUUCACACUUAAUGCUCCUGAAAGUCAAUAAUGCACGAAUAUCAGUAGAUUACCAGCAUUAGUUUUUACUGUAAAAAUUAUGUUUUGCUAGAUUCUGAUAUUACUCACCAAUGCACUUCUGUUGUUGUUAUAUUAUAAACUAUCUUGUGGUUACAUAUUGUUUUUCACCAUAUUAAGAGAUUAUUGGCCGGAACAUGUUUGUGGAGAUUUUUAUGACUAAAUGACCGAUAUAUUCCCUUGUACUUGUGAAUGCUUUUACUAAAGGCUUUGCUGUGGACCAGUAACUGUAUUAACAAGGUGGCUUCUACAGUGUUGAUUUAUAAUUCCAUUGUUGUUUACCAUUCCGACAGUAAAUAAUUAUCUUUAUCCCAUAUCUACAUAAAGGACUGUAUGUGAUUUGGAAUUCCUUCACUUGCUACCUAAAUUAUUCAUGGAAGUUCAAGAAUUUUCAAAUCAGAAUGUUCAAAUUAGAAUUUUCAAAUUAUUUCUCCUUAUGGCUCCUUCCAAUUAUAUUUUUUUUUUGCCAUAGCCUAUGGUAGUCACUUGAAAUUGCUGUAUGUUAGAAAAAUUAUAAUCAUGUUUUCACAGCCUUUCUCUCAAAAACUAUAGAGCAUAGCCUUAUAUCAAAUUAGAUUGUGUAGGUAUCAAUAAUAAAAGCUCUGAGGGAAUCUUAAUUGUCGAAGAGAAUGUGCUGUAUGCUUGCUAGAGAAAACAAUUUUACAAACAUUUUACAGAAUGGACUGAACACUCAAAUUUCACUGAAUGAAUGUAUUGUAGAGGUAUUUAUUCCACAUUAUCAAAAAAAAACACAGAAACCUCAAUUAAAAAAUUUGAACUUUGAUGGCAUUAAGGGCCAAAAUUGUCCAAACUAUAUUCUGUUGUGAAUACAAAAAGUAUGUUCAUGUAAUAUAUUGAUUUAUGGACACUAUUCAGCUAAGUUUUCUAUUACAACUUUACAGUUUAUCUAUAAUACAGAAAAAAUGAGAUCCAACGUCCGGUGUAGGUAGUUCUAUACGUCCGGUAGUCUCCCUAGGAUGGAUUCCUCAUGGUAUACACGAGUCCGGUACAUAAAAAGUGUGUAAACAAUAAGUAAAGAUGACCAGACAACAUCCGUAGGAAGAUCUUCAACUGGUUUAAUGGUUUACAUGUUUCGGCAUACUAGGUAUGCCUCCAGUUCUGAGGACGGCAUACCUAGUAUGCCGAAACAUGUAAACCAUUAAACCAGUUGAAGUUUAUCUAUAAGAAUAACAAGGAGUAGUUUUAGUAUAUCAAGUUUCAUUUGUCAAUGACAAAUUCAGUUAAUAUUACAAUCAUGCCUUUUAAUUUAAAAGGUGUCUGAAAAAAAGGGUAAUUCAUUGUUUUUGGUGAGACAAGUAAAAUACUCCCAUAGAACAAUGAUGUUUUUUUUCUAUAUUAUAAAUCUAAUAUUUAUUUCAACAAAUAUUUUUUACACAACGUCAUCCUCUUCAUUUACAUACUGUAUACCUGGAAAUUUUUGCCCCAGGUUAUUUUCGCCCUUGAGCAACACAAAACAUUCACCCUGUUUUAAAUUCGCCCUAAAUGGUUUUGCAGAAAUAUCCUUUUCCUCGUUUGUAAAAUGCUAAGUUGAAAAGUAAGAGGGUAUUUUUGUGAUCUGACUACACUUGGCCCAUGUACUAUGGUUUAUAAAUCCUUCAACUCAGCUUGAAAUUUUCGCCUUCAUCUUAAAUUCGCCCUAUCUUCAAAGGGCGAAAAUGGCAAAAAUUAAAUGGGGACAAAAAUUACCAGGUAUACAGUAUUUCUGCCUGUCUAUAAAGGCCACUGACAUUCAUUGUACUAACAUUAAUUUAUAUCCUUCUACCUGUCUGCGAAGGCCACCACACUGUAAAUGUCUAUAUAACACUUUUACCCUCAGUUAGAUAUAUAGCAAAUUCAUGUUGGAAUUGAUAAAAAAAAACAUGCUAAAUUUUUUUCGCAGUUCAUUGAUCUGGUACAUAAUUGAUUAUGUAUUUGGCUAUUGUGAUGUUACCAAAGAAGACUGAUCUUGAUCUAUCACAAUACAGUAGUUGUACUAUAAAAGGUAAUAACAAAGACUUUUGGCUGUAUUCUAUGAUACAUUUGCAGAAUACAUUUCUUUCAAUAACUAUGGUAUUACUAACAUAUAGUAUUAAAGUUCAAAGUCUUUAAGCAUGAGUAGAAUAUCGCAUGUAAUGAUUCAGAUCACUAUCUAUACAAGUUAUCAAACAAAGUUAAGCAAUCAGAGUAUUCAGGAAUUUUUACUAUAAACGGAAAUCAAUAACCAUACCCACCUAUAUCUUCAAAACACAUCAUUUAUGCAAUGUUAAGUAAAGUGUUACUGAAGCUGUUCAACGCUUAAUAUGUUUCUUGAUAGCAAAACGAAAUCUGGUACUUUUUCAAAAAAAUUUAGAUCUAGAAUAUGUCCAAUCAACAGAAUUUGUAAUUCUUGUGAAAUGAAAAUUUCUACUUUGCUACUUUGCAUCAAAAGCUUUAAAUGACUUGCCAUUAGUCUUUGGUAACACAUCUUGUAUUUCUUCAGGAAGUCAUAUACAUGUAAAAAGAUUUUGAAGCUACUUUGCAUAAAGAACUUUAAAUAUGACUUGCAAUUAGUCUUUAGUAACACAUCUUGCAUUUCUUCAGGAAGUCAUAUACAUAUAAAAAGGUUUCGGUUUGUUAAUGCAUGUACUAACUAUACAUUACUUUGUAUUUAAUAAUGUAAACACACAUUAACAUAUUGUACUCUCAAAUCAUUAAAUACUGCCAAACUGCAAGUCUAGAUUUGAAUGUAUAAUUUUAAAUUCCAUAUUAAAAUAUGAUUCUACAUAUAUAUAUGUACAUAUCAACUAAAAUAUAGAUUAAUUAAUUAAAUUUAGACUCUUUUUCCUGUUUACAUUUUAUCAACGUUUAAAGUUUGGUAUCAUGAUCCUGGGGCUGGUGUGUGUUCAUGUUUAUACAAUUCAUGAAGAUUACUUCUGUAUGUACAUUAAACACUAUAUUGUGUUUACAUACAUACAGAGUUCAUAGUUAAAACACAGUGGUGCUUGAAAGAAAUAUUUUUUUGAGAUUCCAUCAUAGGAUUUAGAUUAAAGUGCAUGUGUGUAUAAAACACAGGUUAAUAACAUGUUUUGCCUUGGUACUUUUUCAUGAUUUGAUUAUGUUGAUUUUGAUAGUUAAAACCUGUACAUGUGAUGUUGCUCCAAUGUUCUGUUCUGAGUUGUGACAUUUAUCUCUUCUACACAGAAAAUUAUCUAUAUGUGUAAUUAUUAAAAGCCUUAAUUCUAUAGGUGAUCCAUUUUUUAUUUUGAGUUUUUAAUAAUAUUUCAUGCAAUUUUUUCUUUGUAAAAGUAAUGCACACAUUUAUUCACCGGCAAUAAGUCCUUAUCAUGCUUAAAAUUCGGGACACUAAUCUGAAUUGUAAAAUCUGUGUGUAUUUAUUGCACAAUAGUGUAUAGUUUUGUCAAUUGUUUUGUAUGUCUUCUUUUAUUACUGGUAAAACACCUUGUUUUUAAUAGCUUUAACAAGACGUGUGUUCAGUUUUAGUUUUAACAGGUUUGAUGGUGUUAUGCAACAAUAAUUAGCUUUACAAGAUAAAUUUCCCUCAGUUUUUAAAAACAUUUCAUUACCAAACUUACUUCUAUUGUGUAUGAAUGAAUUUAUUAUAUUAUUAUAACCUUUACCUGUAUUCAUACAGAUUUUCAGUCUACUUAUCAUCUAUUUCAAUAUUAGCUGUACAUUGUAGUACAGAUUCUACAAUUAAAAUUAAGAAGAUUUCACAUUUUAUAGUGAGUUUCAUCUUCACUUGUAAUCAGAUUUAAAACUACUAAACUACUUCGCAUAUAUGGUUUAGAAGUGUUUUAGAUGUUUAGAAAUUGGAUUUUUUCUAUAAAAAAAAUCAACAAUCCAUCAAGAACAAACAAAUAUAGAAAUUUCAAACAGAAAUCUUUUAUAAUGUGACAUGUUCAGGUUGAAAUCAGAUCAAAAUUUAAUAUUUAAUGGUAUUCAAUGAAAAUUUUCUGGUACAUGACUCUGUACCCUCUAUACUAAACUCAGUACAUGGUAGUUUUUUAAUGUAACAACAGUUCAUAAACUAGCCUUGAAAUCGUAAAAUAAUUCCAGUGGUUAUCUUGUUUAUUUUUGAAACAAUAUAAAUCAUCAGCACACACUACAUAUGUCUGCCGUAACAUGUGCUGUAUAAAUACUCGAAAAAAAUGUCUGUAAUAAAGACAGUAACUGUUUAUAUUGGGACAUAGCUUUAGGUAUUCACAUUGAAAUAAGUACUUGAGUGUGUUUUAUAACAGAAGAUAUGUUGUGAUAUUUUGUAAUAUGAGUAAAACAAUUGUUGAUCUCUUUCCUUGUUUAAUAUAACUAACUUGUUAUUGUUAUAAGUGCAUUCAGAUUUGCAUAAUAAUUUUGGAUGCAUUGAAGAUGGCAGCCGAAAUAAAGCAGUCUUGUACAUAA